AUGUCUACGACCUCUAAAGUGGUUCUGGGAGUUUCUGGUUUGACUCGAGCACCGUGGCUUGCUGUUCACCUUAACCAGUCCUGGGACAGACAGCGUCUGCACGAGGGUGUAGUCCGGGAUCUGGAGCGGCUGGAGAGGAAGAAGGAGAACUUGAGACUGCUGGAGGAGCAGAGGACACUGACCGCACAGCUGGAGGCAGAGAGACAGCGCAGACAGACAGGCUGAGACAGGUGUGUCCGUGAUGGACAGCAGCGGCGAUCAGCUGGCGGGAGGCGAGGACGAGGCGGCCGGCACGUCGGCGUCCGAGGGUCUGGAGGAGGGCGAGGUGGAGGGGAGACCCUCCUCAUCGUGGAGUCGG